CAUACCCUUUAGGAUUAGGAUUCCGACCACAAACAACCGACUAUUCACGUACAUAUACUCUUCUGACGCCAAAAUCCCAGUUCUCUUUUCCAACAGAGUCCGUUUCUCUGCAUCGUUGACCUCUCUGCGAAUCCACAAUGAGGAGGAACAGACGAGCAAGGCAAACCCUUUCUCACCCGAUCGAUGAAAAGUGGACACUGAGACCUUUACACGGUCAAAAUCCACAAACAGUCAACGCCACCAAUCCACAACCACACCUCCAAAGCCCAUCAUCAUCGAUGGCUUCUCACCAAAACCCCGAACCCACAACAAGCGCACCCAUCUCCGAAUUCAUCCCCAAAACAUCGAAAUCGCCUCCAAAUUUUCGAAACUCCAAGUGGGUAUCGCGAAAUCGGCGUGGCCGCGCGUUUAAACCUCGGUUUGGUAAAGUGGGUCGAUCGAGUUCUAGCAGGGAAGAGAUUUGCGUGGAAGAAGAAGGAGGAGGAGGAGGAGGAGGAGAAGAGAAGGAGGGUAUAGGUGGACAUGUAUUGACAUCAGAUAUCGAUUUGAAUGAAUUGGGUUCUUCGAGUUCUUGCAAAGAAGAUAAAGUAUGUGACGAAGUGGAAAACAGAGAUGGGCAUGCGUCUGGGUCGAAGAAUGAGUCGAAAGAAGGGGCAAUUGAGGGGUCUGAUUCAAUUAAGGGCGUUGAUGAUAUUGGAAGCAGGUUGGAAGGGUUGCAGUUGGGUGCAGAAGAACCGGAGUUGGAGGAGCAGCUGCUGAGAAUUAAUGACCAAUUGCAGGAAGAUGAGUUACUUGUCAUUGAGUCAAUUUAUGGAGACAAUGUGUUCAUCCUUGACAAACAGAGAGGUCUACGAUGUUUUCAGAUUCAUAUACACGUUGAAGCUCCCACUGAACUUACCAUCUCCACAAAAUUAACUUCACAUAGUGAACUUGAGACCAAAACUGACAGUUCAGAUGAGUUCUUAUACUCUUUCAAAGUCCAACACCUUCCACCAAUUAAGUUGAAAUGCUUAUUACCUAAGUCAUACCCGAGCCAUCUCCCUCCUUAUUUUACCAUUUCAGUACAGUGGCUGGAUUCUGGGAAAAUUUCCAAUCUUUGCUCCAUGCUGGAUUCAUUUUGGAAAGAACAACCAGGUCAGGAGGUUAUAUACCGUUGGGUGGAAUGGCUACACAGUUCUUGUCUUUCUCAUUUUGGUUUUGAUAAAGAAAUAGUUCUUGGUCCUUAUGGCUUGAGAUAUACUGGAGAUAAGCGUGCAAUUUCAGGAAGCAUCUCCCCAGAUGUUGAUAUUCCUUCACUGAAGAGUUACAACGAUGAGCAGUGCCAUGAGACCUUCUGCAGAAACUUUCAUGAAUGCUGCAUCUGUUUUAGUGAAUUUUCAGGUUCAGAGUUUGUUAGAUUGCCAUGCCAGCAUUUCUUUUGCUGUAAAUGCAUGAAAACUUACUCUGACAUGCAUGUAACAGAAGGAACAAUAAGCAAGCUUCUAUGCCCUAAUGCAAAAUGUGGGGGCAUGGUCCCACCCGGUUUGCUGAAACGAUUGCUUGGUGAUGAGGAGUUUGAACGUUGGGAAUCACUAAUGCUACAGAAAACGCUCGAGUCUAUGUCUGAUGUAGCCUAUUGCCCAAGAUGUGAAACGGCUUGCAUAGAGGAUGAAGACAAUCAUGGGCAGUGCUCAAAGUGUUUCUUUAGCUUUUGUACCCUUUGCAGGGAGCGACGCCAUGUUGGAAUCGCAUGUAUGACACCAGAAAUGAAGCUCCUUAUCUUGCAAGAGCGACAGAAUUCAUCCCAAUUGAAGGAUGAACAAAAGCGUCGUGAGCGUGAAAUGAUCAAUGAGAUCCUUAGUGUUAAGGAAAUACUUCGUGAUGCCAAACAAUGUCCAUCUUGUAAGAUGGCAAUCUCACGAAUUGAAGGUUGCAACAAGAUGGUAUGCAAUAACUGUGGACAGUAUUUCUGCUAUCGCUGUAAUCAGGCAAUCGAUGGAUAUGAUCACUUCAGGGAAGGGGUGUGCGAACUUUUCCCACAAGAAGCAGUUCAGAAUUGGGAGGAGCGGAUGAAUGCUCGCCAAGUGGUGGGUCAGAUUCAAGCUCAACUCUUUGCAGAUCGUGGCCAUUCAUGCCCUAUUUGUGGUCAAAUCAAUGUAAAGGUUGGCAAUAACAAUCACAUCUUCUGCUGGGCAUGCCAAAACCAUUACUGCUACUUGUGUCGAGAAAUGGUGAGGCGCGGCUCUCACCAUUUCGGAACCAAGGGUUGCAAGCAGCACACAGUCGGAUAGUUUCACAUUACCCACCCAAGGUUACUUGUCUAAAAAGGCAUAAACCAAAACACGUGAUUGUAACCAUGGAAGAUCGCUUGGCAACAGUCAAUGGCUGGAGCAGAUGCAGCCUAGUCCCACAGAGAUCAUGUAUGACUUGAACUCCCCUUAUUGCAGUAUUAUUAGUAUUGUAAGAUGACGAAUGACACCAUCCUGGCUCAGUGUGUACUACAUCCUAUUUAUAUGUUCCAGGCGAUUGCACUAUAUCCUAUUUAUAUGUUCCAGGCGAUUGCACAUUUUGCAUUCUGAGUGUCGUUGAGUAUAUUUUUUUGCCUUUAAUUUUUAUCGGGAAGAUGUAGUAUUCAUUGUUGAGUUGAGUUGGAUCGUGUUUGGAAGUCGAAAGGAAUACAAGAACAAACCAUAUUUGACUUGAAUUGUGUCAUUUGGAGAAUCAAAUUGAUUUGAGCUAAGGUGGCUUUGUAUGUAAA